AUGGCACCACAAAGCCAGACUCUAGGCUGGAUCUGGCCCAAAGAUCCCCGACCAGGAAACCCAUCCAGCUGGCCACGACGCUGGCGCUUCCACGAUGUCCUCACGAACAAAGGACCCGAUAUAUACGUCGGUGUCAUCGGCGAAAAGGGAACGUCCUCGUCUUCAGGAUCUGAAACCAGAGUUGGAUCUUCGCCUCCGGGAGGAUUGACACCCUCAACUACGCCAUCUACCCAAAGCAAACGGUCACCGCAGAGAACGAACUGGGACCGGUGGGAAGACGGUAUUCCACCCAAGUCCAUUAAUCCCUUGUCGUCAUCCUCCUCAUCUUCAUCUUCCUGGGCUACUACUUCCAUUUCGACUUCGACAUCUAUAUCAGGCAAGGGCAGCUCCAAAUCCAAACCCAAGCCCAAGAUCGAAGUACCUUGGGCCCGCCGAGCUGCUGACGAGCGCUACGAUUACCGCCAACGGAAAUAUACUGUUCCAGACUUGGGAACGUGGAGUCGAGUGGAGUAUUGCACUGCACGGGGGAAGGGGGGAUGGGUGCGUCGUAAGAAGGGAACGGAGAAGCAUUAUGUGCCCAGGAGGUAUUGGGAUCAGAACGGGAACGAGUAUCCGGCCAAUUACUGGCAUGAUAUUAUUUAUGGGGAGCAUGAUGAUCAUGAAUCCGUGGAUGGGGAGUGA